AGGCAGCCGUCGUAUUAUCAAAACACUGCAUUUAGUGAAAUAUUCUAUACUUGCGCUUAUUAAGAGCGGUCCUCAUUAGUGUGUGCUGUGAUUUGCUUGUACAUUAAAACUAAAUAUCAAAAUGGAAUUAACCUUUAAGGGAAAAAGAAUUUUAGUAACCGGUGCUGGACAAGGUAUUGGAAAGGGUAUAGCGAUAGAAUUAUGGCGUGCGGGAGCUAAUAUAGUUGCAGUAUCACGAACUAGAGCUCAUUUGGAGAAGCUGCAAGGAGAAUAUCCGUCCAUUGAUAUCGUGGAGUUGGACGUCGCGGAUUGGGAAAGAACUAGAACGGUUAUAGAUUCUCUUGGUCCUUUUGAUGCUCUGGUUAAUAAUGCCGCUAUUGCUAUAUGCGAGCCAUUCUUAGAAUGCUCCCCAAAGGAUUUCGACAAGACAUUUGAUAUAAAUGUAAAAGCUGUACUCAAUGUUAGCCAAAUAGUUGCAAAGAAAAUGAUUGAAAAUAACAUCCAUGGGAGCAUUGUUAAUAUUUCUUCCCAGGCCUCUAAGGCUGCCCUAAAAGAUCAUGCAAUCUACAGUGCCUCAAAAGCUGCUCUAGAUGCUCUAACCAGAGCCAUGGCCCUGGAACUGGGUCCCAAGGGAAUCCGAGUGAAUGCGGUCAACCCAACGGUCAUCAUGACUGACAUGGCUAAAGUGGGUUGGUCUGACCCUGCUAAAGCGGCUGAGAUGAUAUCCAAAAUUCCUUUGGGAAGAUUUGGUGAAGUUUCGGAAGUUGUGAAUGCAGUAGUGUUUCUCCUAAGCGACAGAUCUAGUAUGAUAAACGGUGUUGAAUUGCCUAUUGACGGUGGGUUCUUGGCCACAUAAGCCCUGCUAAGUUUACCAGUUUCCAGCCAGAUAAUUACAUAUAUUAGGUACCAAAGAU